AUGAUAAAGAAGCACAUAGAAAUGUUAGAGUACAUUGAUUAUUUAGAAAACAUGAAAGAUGUAAAUAUGAGGCCGGUGGUGGUAUCAAAUAGAAAAACGGGAUUUGUGGGGCUUAUUGUGAGUUUGACAAGUGUAUCAAACUUGCAAGAAGACCUGAUAGCUUGUCUAGUCACAGCUUCUAGUUUGAGUAUUGACGGUGCUCCACCCCAUUUCGAACGUCAAGUGCGACAGUACUUAAAUGAAGUACCUGAUGACUUUGAAAAUGUGGUGGAAGAAGUUCAUUUAUCAGAUGUAGACUCUGUGUUUGAGCAAACUGCAAGUGAACAAGGAGAAGAUGAAGAUGAUGAUGAUGAUGAUGAUGAUGAUGAGCUUGAUGACAUUCAAACAAUGAGUCCUAGUGGUCAAGGCACCUGCCCGGCACGGGAUAUGUGCGGUUCGAUUCCGCACCGGAGCAGCAAACAUUUUUUCUUCGCUUACCUACAUUGGUGA